CUCGCUCCGUUUCUCCCGCGUAAUCAAUUCGGAAAUCCCUAUCCUGCUGGGUAAAACAAACGCCGUGAGAUAUCGUUGUCUAAAUAAUUUUUACGUUCAAGAACUUCUUCAGCAAACCUCUUUCCCAGGCCCUCAGGGCGAGUAGUUGCCUUGAGAGGAUAUUGGACACGAAUCACUACCUGUUGUGCUCCUCAGACCAACGCGUAGUACGGCUCGAGCGCUUCUGGUGAAAUUGGAAGAAAUCUCGUCAUGGCAUUUCGCUUCCCCUUGCGGUCGAUAGCACGAGUCGUUCCAAGAAGGUUUUUUGCCCCUUCUGCUUCAAUCAAUCGGCCUUCUUUUGCAACGCUCGCCGAGCAUAAAGUGGAUGACAGUCCUGAAGUGAAGUACAAUCAGGUUUUCAUCAACAAUAGGUUUGUGGACUCUGUCAGUGGCAAAACUUUCCCCACAAUCAACCCUGCAACAGGGGAAGUAAUAUGUGAAGUGGCUGAGGGUGACAAGGCAGAUGUCGAUAUUGCUGUUAAAGCAGCUAAGGAGGCCUUUAAGCUGGGCAGCCCUUGGAGAACAAUGGAUGCAUCAGAACGUGGAAAGCUUUUGAACAGACUGGCUGACUUGCUUGAACGAGAUCAAGCUUAUCUUGCAAGUCUAGAGACUUUGGACAAUGGCAAGCCAUUCAAUGAUUCUUUCAAUAUUGAUUUGUCCAUGACAAUUAAGUGCUAUCGGUAUUAUGCAGGAUGGGCAGACAAAAUCCAUGGCAAGACAAUUCCUAUUGGUAAGUUAAAUAGUUUGAAGUUAUGGCAAGAAAAUAAAGUGAAUGGAAUUGUACAUAUUCAAUUUAAUGAGUCAGCAACCACAUCAUUACAUGUAGUUCAAGGUGACCAAGAUGUCUUUGAGCUUUUGGCAGGUUUCCCGCCAGGUGUUGUAAAUAUGAUUCCAGGCUAUGGACCCACAGCAGGAAUGUCAAUCGCUGAACACAUGGACGUCGAUAAGGUUGCCUUCACUGGCUCUACUGAGAUUGGGCAUUUAAUUAUGCAAGCAGCUGGCAGAAGCAACCUGAAAAACGUUACCCUGGAACUUGGUGGCAAGAGUCCCAACGUGGUGUUUGCUGAUUCCGAUAUCGACAGCGCUGUGGAAAUGAGCCACUUUGCUCUGUUCUUCAACCAGGGUCAGUGUUGCUGCGCUGGUAGCCGUUGUUUUGUGGAGGAGCCGAUUUACGAUGAGUUUGUGCAAAGAAGCGUGGAAAGGGCCAAAAGCCGUGUGGUUGGCAACCCUUUUGAUCUGAAUACAGAACAAGGACCACAGAUUGACCAGGAGCAGUUUUGCAAGGUCAUGUCCCUGAUAGAAAGUGGAAACAAGGAAGGUGCCAACCUAGUGUUUGGAGGAGAAAGGCAUGGUGACAAGGGCUACUUUGUGCAGCCGACCGUUUUCACUGAUGUCCAAGAUGACAUGAGAAUUGCCAAGGAAGAGAUUUUUGGACCCGUUAUGCAGAUCAUGAAGUUUAAGGACAUGAACGAACUGAUCGAACGAGCUAAUAAUACCAUUUAUGGUUUGGCUGCCUCUGUGUUUACCAAGGACCUUGACAAGAUGAAUACCAUUGCCCACAGCAUCCGUGCUGGCACUGUUUGGGUCAACUGCUACGAUGUUCUGGAUGUCCAAGCGCCAUUUGGUGGCUUCAAAAUGUCUGGAUCAGGAAGGGAACUGGGAGAGUACGGUCUGGAGCAGUAUUCGGAGGUGAAAGCGAUAACGAUCAAGCUCCCGCAGAAGAAUUCUUGAACAGCUGAGUAAUGAUUUGAAUGCUUUGAGCUUUGCAAUGUCUUUGAAACCAAUCAGCUCGCGAUAUAUUAGUAAGGCGGUUUUCACAAGUAGUCUAAUGUGUCGUUAGUUAUCAAACCCAUAGCAUAGCGCGAAAAUUUUUUGUACCGUAAUCUUAAGGACUAGCAAAAUACUUUUCACUUUAUACGUUUUACUUCUUCAGGUGUGGUUUGCGUUGCGUGGAAAGUUUGUUGGUCAAAACCGUUUUUGUAGGUUAAGCGUUAAAUCAUAUUUAAUUCGGCUGAACGAUCUACAUCUAACUAAACGACAAAUGCAUUCAUAUAAUUUCUCAGUUACUGUACGUAGUUCACGUAGUCCAAGCUAAAAUCUCUUUUUGUAAUCGCAAAGAUAAAUUGUGACUCAAUAAAAGAAACCUUUUCCUCA